GCCCACAUCCCAUAAAACUUCACUCAAUCCCACUCCUCGCAACCAUAUUACUGAUUACUUGCCCAGACCUCCAUAACACAAACUCCUUCCGCAUACAUACACAGCAUCACACUCCGUACUAGAUUCCAGCCUCUUCCACCUUUUGUCUGUCUUCUCUAGACCCUCUUACUCUCUAAGUGUCUGAGACCCCUCACACAUAUCUCCUCUUCUCCAACCCAAAAUCCAUAGUUCCAUUUAAACAGCAAAACUGUCAUAUAUAGAGAGAGAGAGAGAGAGAUAGAGAGAGAGAGCAAGAGAGAGAAACCCAAUUCUUAUUCUUGUUCUUCCUAUCCAAAUACUGCAUAGAACCUCUUCCUUCAUCUCUCACAUCUUCUUGUCCAUCAUCUACAACUGUUAUAGCAAAAUGAGAGCAGGAGGUUACACCGUGCAACAGACUCUAACUUCUGAGGCUGCUCGUGUUGUGAAACAAGCGGUGAACCUUGCAAAACAGCGUGGCCAUGCCCAAGUAACUCCUCUCCACGUAGCCAAUACCAUGCUUGCCUCCUCAACUGGCCUUCUUCGAACAGCUUGCCUUCACUCUCACUCCCACCCCCUCCAGUGCAAAGCCCUUGAGCUCUGCUUCAAUGUUGCUCUCAACCGCUUGCCAGCCUCUACUUCUUCUAGUCCCUUGAUGGGUCACCACUCCCACCACCACCCUUCACUCUCCAAUGCCUUGGUUGCAGCUUUCAAGCGUGCGCAAGCCCACCAGCGCCGCGGCUCCAUCGAGAACCAACAACAACCUCUCCUCGCUGUGAAGGUAGAGAUAGAACAACUAAUUAUAUCUAUCUUAGAUGACCCAAGUGUUAGUAGAGUCAUGAGAGAAGCCGGUUUCUCAAGUACCCAAGUGAAAACCAAUGUAGAACAAGCUGUUUCUCUGGAGAUCUGUUCUCAAAAUCCUCCUGUAACUAUUAAGCACACACCUCCUCCUCCUCCUCCUCCUCCUCCUCCUCCUUCUAUGGUUCAGUUUGGAGUUAAAGUUGCCAAACCAAGGCUGUUGGAUCAAGUUAGGAGUGAUGAUGUGAUGAGUGUGGUUGAGACUUUAAUGCAUAGGAGAAGAAGUACUGUAAUUGUUGGGGAGUGUUUGGCUAGUAUAGAGGGUGUAGUUAUGGGAGUUAAAGAUAAGGUUGAGAAAGAAGAUGUUCCUGAGGGUUUGAGGGAUGUAAAAUUUGUAUGCCUUCCUCUUAUCCCUUUUGGGAACCUAUUGAAGGAGGAAGUUGAGCAGAGACUAAUGGAGCUUAGGUGUCUCUUGAAAAGCUGCGUGGGGAAGGGAGUUGUGUUGUAUUUAGGUGAUCUCAAAUGGGCUGCUGAGAUUAGAGCUAGUUCUAUUGAGAAAGGAAGGAACAACUAUUAUUGCCCUGUGGAGCACAUGAUUAUUGAGCAAAGGUUGGUUUGUGGAAUUGGAGAGAGUGGAGGAAGGCUUUGGCUCAUGGGUAUUGCAACCUUCCAGACAUACAUGAGAUGCAGGAUAGGCAAUCCUUCCUUGGAGGCUAUUUGGGAUCUUCACCCUCUUACAAUUCCGGCAGGCAGCUUGAGUUUGAGUCUCAACAGUGACAGUGAUUCACAAGGCCAGUUUAGAAGCAAGAGAACUGGAGAUGGGUCAGGUUGGUCUUUGCUUGAAGGUGGAAUUGAUAAACAAUUAACUUUCUGUGUUGAUUGGUCAGCCAAAUUAGAUAAUGAAGCUCGAAGUCGAGCAAGCAGUAGUUACAAUGACUCCACCACAACUUCCAUCACCUCAAGCUUACCUUCAUGGCUUAAACAUUGCAAAGAAGAGAACAAAAGAUUGAGUGAACAGGAUUGUAUCGAAGUCAGAGAUCUCUGCUGUAGAUGGAACUCCCUUAGCAGUUCAGUCCACAAUCAACAACAACAACAACAAACCGAUAAAACCUUGACUUUUGCUUCCACAUCACCCUCUUCUUCUACUUCCGUCUCUUCACAAGACCAACACUACCCUAACAUGCACCAGACUCACCAUUCAUGGCCCAUAAUUGUUGAACCUAAACAGUCAUGGAUGGAACAUCGUAUUUGGAUCUCUGACAAUUGUGAGGAUGAAGGAUUGGAACCCAAUUUGCGAGUGAAGCCAGCUCUUUUAUCCAAACCUUACCCUAACCCUUGCUCUACUCCUAAUUCAGCUUCUUCAAGUGAUGUAAUGGAAAUGGCGGAGUACCGUCGAAGAUAUACGGAGCUCAAUGCAGAGAAUCUGAAGACCCUAUGCAAUGCACUAGAGCAAAAGGUUCCAUGGCAGAAGGACAUAAUUCCUGAAAUAGCAAGCACUAUUCUUCAAUGCAGGUCUGGGAUGGUAAAAAGAAAGGGAAGAUUGAGACACAGUGAACCCAAAGAAGAUACUUGGUUGUUCUUCCAUGGUGUUGAUGUGGAAGGCAAAGAGAAGAUUGCAAGAGAGCUGGCUGGCCUUGUAUUUGGAUCCCAAGCUCAAUUCAUCUCACUCAGCCUGAGCAGUUUCUCAUCGACUAGGGCCGAUUCCAUUGAAGAUUUUAGAAACAAAAGAUCAAGGGAUGAUUCAAGUUGUAGUUAUCUUGGGAAAUUUGCUGAAGCAGUUUACAAUAAUCCCCAUCGUGUGGUUGUAGUGGAGGAUAUAGAGCAAGUUGAUUAUCAUUCUCAAUUGGGUAUUAAAAGAGCAAUUGAAAGAGGGAGAGUAACCAAUUCAAAUGGUGAUGAAGUUCUACUUAGAGAUGUGAUAGUCAUUUUGAGUUGUGAAAGCUUCAGCUCAAGAUCAAGAGCUUGCUCUCCUCGUGUGAAGCAAAAGUCAGGUGAGACAGAAGAAGGGAAAGAAACAAGCCUAUGUGUGUCCUUGGAUUUGAAUCUCUCUGUGGAAGAAGACAAUGUCUAUGAUCAGUCCAUCGAUGGUGUGGGGCUUCUAGAAUCUGUUGAUAGACAAAUAAUGUUCAAAUUGCCGGACUCGUAAGAGAAGAAGUCCAAUAGAUAUCUUCUUAGGUGGGUUGCUUUAUUUUUUAUUUGAGAUGAGGAGAGUCAGCCAUGUAGAUUGUAAAACUACUACUUGUAUAUACUUUUACCAUCUUUUUGUAAAAAACAUUUCUUGGGUGAAUAGUAUAAUAUGUUGUUGAUCUUUAA